UUGAAUAUUUCGCUGGUAGAGAAGGUUGCACUUUACUCAUCUCACACCAAGUAGAUGACUUUUUACACAGCGUACAACGUACGAAUAUACAUAGCAAGUAAGUGUUCUAAAAUCAAUCAUACGCACUGUGGACUAUUAUUUAACUAGAUACGCUAAAGAGUUCGUAUACCCGAAGUUAGUGAGAUAACCAAACAAAAAUACCUUCAUGUAUGUAUGUAGGAUGAUUAAAAAUGCAUUUUUGGCAAUUGAGUGUGGCUGAGUGGGCACACCCACAUGGAUCGUUUGGCCUGACACACAUCCGACACCCUGCCCAAAACGAAGAGGGCUAGUCCCUAGAGUUGGUUGCCAAUCGAGAGUUGGUUGCCCCGCAGACGUUCUGGAAUCCGCCAUUACGGCCAGUGCAUAGGUGCCAUUUGCCAGGCACUCCAAACUUUGCACACUUGCAAUCCACAAUCACGGCGGCUGCACUUCUCACCUCACCUCACCGCAGUUUCAAGUCGAGAGCCGCCACCAUUUUGCAUAUAAAAGAGUGCUCGCGUACGUGCCGCACUUCUCUCGUCUUUUCAGCCACGAUCCGGUCACGAUCGGACCCAGACUUGUGCAACACAAACACUCACAGAGCUAUUCCGGCCCAAAGCCAAUUGGCCAGAAAGCCAGUAAGCCAGUGUUCAGCGUUCAGCGUUCAGCGAUCGGCAAUCAGUGGCUCAAAGCUCUUGUGGAUCGCAUUGGGGGCCACCCCAGGAGAGCUUUCCAAAACCCACCACAGGUGCUCGAAAGAGACGUCGCCGCCGCCGCCGUGUAAUAAAAGAAGCAAUUUUGACUUCGUCUGGGGCUUUGGUGUCAGAGAGGGGUUCGAGAAAUUGUGCGCGGCAUCGUAGCAAACAGUGUAAAUGGAGCUUUGAUAGCGAUCGGAAGGACAAGACUUGCGCUCCAAGAAGUGUUUUUACCAUAGUGUGUUACCAGGAACCGAACAUCGAAAUAAGACUCUGAAAAAGUGUGCAGCAAAUACCAGCGAUCGAUCCAGUCCCAAGUCCACCUAAAGAUGGCAAAACUGUUCGUGGUUUUUGCCGUUUUGGCUCUGGCGGCCUUUAACGAAGCCAGUGCCAGCGAUCCGCUGCUGCGAUUCAAGCGACAGGCCACCACCGAGGAGACCAAGAAGGAAGAGUCCUUCGAGAAGGAGCUCUGCAAGGACAAGGACGCCGGCGAGUGGUUCCGCCUGGUGGCCGGCGAGGGCGACAACUGCCGCGACGUCAUCCAAUGUACCUCAUCGGGCCUGCAAGCCAUCCGUUGCCCUGCUGGUCUGUACUUCGAUAUCGAGAAGCAGACGUGCGACUGGAAGGAGUCGGUGAAGAACUGCAAGUCCAAGAACAAGGAGCGCCGGGUGAAGCCCCUGCUCCACACAGAUGAGCCCCUCUGCCAGGACGGAUUCCUCGCCUGCGGCGAUGGAAACUGCAUUGAGCGCGGACUCUUCUGCAACGGCGAGAAGGAUUGCUCAGAUGGAUCCGAUGAGAACACCUGUGAUAUCGACAACGAUCCCAACCGUGCCCCGCCCUGCGAUCCCGCCGUGUGCGUCCUGCCCGACUGCUUCUGCUCGGAGGACGGCACCUCGAUCCCCGGCGACCUGCCCGCCAAGGAUGUGCCCAUGAUGAUCACCAUCACCUUCGACGACGCCAUCAACAACAACAACAUCGAGCUGUACAAGGAGAUGUUCAAGGACCGGAAGAACCCCAACGGCUGCUCCAUCAAGGCCACCUACUUCGUGUCGCACAAGUACACCAACUACUCGGCGGUGCAGGAGACGGCCCGCAAGGGACACGAGAUCGCCGUGCACUCGAUCACGCACAACGACGAGGAGCGCUUCUGGUCCAACGCCACCGUGGACGACUGGGCCAAGGAGAUGGCCGGCAUGAGGAUCAUCACGGAGAAGUUCGCCAACAUCACGGACAACUCGGUGGUGGGCGUGCGCGCUCCCUACCUGCGCGUGGGCGGCAACAACCAGUUCACCAUGAUGGAGGAGCAGGCCUUCCUGUACGACUCCACCAUCACUGCGCCGCUGUCGAACCCGCCACUGUGGCCCUACACCAUGUACUUCCGGAUGCCCCACCGCUGCCACGGCAACCUGCAGAGCUGCCCCACCCGAUCCCACGCCGUGUGGGAGAUGGUGAUGAACGAGCUGGACCGUCGCGAGGACCCCGUUAACGAUGAGUACCUGCCCGGCUGCGCCAUGGUGGACUCCUGCUCGAACAUCCUGACCGGCGACCAGUUCUACAACUUCCUGAACCACAACUUCGACCGCCACUACGACCAGAACCGCGCUCCCUUGGGUCUGUACUUCCACGCCGCCUGGCUGAAGAACAACCCCGAGUUCCUCGACGCCUUCCUCUACUGGAUCGACGAGAUCCUGGCCAACCACAACGACGUGUACUUCGUGACCAUGACCCAGGUGAUCCAGUGGAUGCAGAACCCGCGCACCAUCAGCGAGGUCAAGAACUUCGAGCCCUGGAGGGAGAAGUGCGUGGUGGAGGGUAAGCCCGCCUGCUGGGUGCCCAACACCUGCAAGCUGACCUCCAAGGAGGUUCCCGGGGAGACCAUCAACCUGCAGACCUGCGUCCGGUGCCCCAACAACUACCCAUGGGUCAGCGAUCCCACUGGCGAUGGUUUCUUCUAAGUCAGCGAUCUUAGCCCCACGCCCUCUGAGCCCAAACUCAGCCCUUAACUCAAACUUAACCCAAACUUAACCCAAACUUAACCCAUACCUAUCACACCAAACCCUAACCCCUAGCCCAGCCCAACACACUCACUCGAUCGAUUAUCGCCUAUUUGAAUUUGAAUUGCAAGACUUUUACGAGUGUACUCGUACUCUCUAUUUGACUGAUUUCGAGGAUCAAGUCUUUGCUGUGUUACGGUUACGUUAAAUCAAAAAUGAAAAAGAAAAUGAAAAUGAAAAUGAAAUUCGACACGGAGACCAACAAAAGAUAUUCAAAACUGCAAGCCACAACAUCCGAACUUGUGUUUACACUCUUUUUUGUAGUUUUACGUUAAUUUGUAUGUGUAUAUUUAAAUAAAAAAAUGAAAUAAACGAAAAAACCACAAAAAAUC